AUGACAAUCGCACAUUCGCACUUCGAGUCGCUUCCGCAGAACCCGAAAGUGCCGGGCCGCCGAAAAAGUUCGUGCGCAGAGGUCCAGUGCUUCCAAAACUACUACCAUGGCCAUCAAUUGCUUAGUCCAAACCCUCAUUACAUUGGAAAUGUGCGGGCGUCGGUCAACCAUUGGCAAUUGCGGGAUUUGGUGCAGAUCGAUCCGUUGACCGGGUCGGUUUUCCAUUCUUAUCGGGAUCUGAUCCGGGUAUUAUCGGUGAAAAACCACGACUUGAACUCCGUCAAAUCGAGAACGUACUUGCAACUUCCAUAUUUUGCGCGGUGUUUCAACCAUGCGCCAGGUGGUCUUUUUGUCACUGGCGGUCUUGAUAAUUCGCUGGCCAAGUUGGCGCAUAUGGAUAUCCCUGCUCUUUCUGAAUCUGGCACCAAGGGAAAUCGGAGGAAGCCCGAUGGGCUUUUUUCGGUCUACAGUCCUGCUAUGGCCACCGAAAUGACGUUUCAUUUGGGCGAAAUGAUUAACAACGCAGUCACCAUUUAUCCAGACCAAGAUCUGACUGCGUCGUAUACCUCGUACGUGUGCAACAACGACUCCAACUUGUAUGUGGUUGGAAUCUCCGAUCUGGGUGUUCUGGUGAAGCGCAAUAUCGUUUGUCAGGCAAAGGUGUCACUCAAUAAUGUCAUCCAGUCACCCAACCAGAAGUUUCUAGCUGCCACUGGCGAUUCAGGCCUGAUCUUCUUAUUGGAUCCGACAAAGCCAAGAGCUACGUUCCAGACCAUCAAGACGGAUCACGAUAGUGGGUUUGGAUUGUCUUUCCACAGCAACGAGCAUACUCUUGCGUCUGCGUUCCAGAACGGGUCGUGCCUCUUGUUUGAUCUCCGUAAACCUAAUCAUGCAUAUCACGAGAUCAAAUCCACCAGGCCCAAUCAUCAAUCGGGUGCGUUCCGGUGCUGUAAAUUUCUCAACUCACCCACACAAGAUCUUCUUGCCGUUCUGGAACAUGUGGGACGAGUUCAUAUCAUUGAUCUCCGGAACCUCAGCGACAAUCACCAGGUAGUGGUAUUCCCAUUGGCACUUGAUCAGUUUUCCAGAUACAACUACCAGAAAUCCCGCAUCUGCAAAAAAUUGAAAUCGAAAAGUGAUGUUGACGAUCUAGAAUCGAACGACAUUAAUGACGCCAAUGACACCUGCACCAGCGACGUCUCCACCAUCGACGACGACUAUGACCGGCCGGACCGGUUGAUUCAUCCUCGCUGGGAGAUCUUUGGCGAUGCAAACACCCAGUUCUCGGCGCCUCUAGUUUACGAUCAUGACUAUCUUACUAAUGAGAAUCCCAAGCUAUUCAAGGGUUACGAAUACGAGCCGCCAAGCCCCGCCAGUGUUUUCGACGAAACCAACGGAAGUCUUGACUCUAAACCGUCGACAAGCCACCGUGAGGAGGCUUCUACACAAGAGACUGUCCUGGAAACCACCCUGAACAGCACCGAAGCGCAGAACUUCCGUCGCAUUUUCCAUGAUCUGUACAUGCAAGCUGGAAAUCAUGUCAAUGGAGAAAUGCAACUAUCGGGAAUUGACUGGUACGACAAUCAAUUGUUCAUUGGUAGCGAAGACGGAGGGUUCUGUGAAUGGGACGUCAACGUGCGUGGACGCAGAAGUUUUGGUAGUUUUUCAUUUGCCUAG